AUGACAACGACAGACAAUAAAAUCUUAACAUCAGCUAUUGAAACAUAUCGUCAUUAUGCUGGACAACCAACAUUAUCUGAUAUUGAAUCUUGUCGUCAAGAUUCAAACGAUGAAAUUCUUCAUAUAACACCUUAUUUUUCAACAAUGGAUCUUGUUAAAUUAGAAGAUUUAACAUAUACACGUUCAUUUACUUAUUCAUUAAAAAAUCGUCAACUUUUAUUUACAAGUAAUGUAACACCAAUUAAUAAAAAUCUUGUUCGUCGUCUUGCAUCACCUGAUGGUCAAUAUCUUGCAUUAGUAACAAAAGAAACUAAAGGUGAACAAGAUUUAUAUUAUGUACAAAUUUGGCAUGAUGAACAUUUAAUAUUUAAUUAUGAAGUUAAUGAUAAUAAAAUAUCACCACAUGGAAAAAUUUUACCUAAAAAUGAUUAUGGAAGUUUUUUUGAAUGGAGUCCAGAUUCACGUCGAUUAAUAUUUACAGCUGAAGAAAAACGUAAACCAUUAAAAUCUUAUUUUACAGCUGAAAAACUUGAUGAUAUUGGAGAACCAGCAAGUAUAUAUAGAGAAAAUUGGGGUGAACAAAUGGAAUUAUUUGAAACAUCAGUUGUAUGUAUAUUUGAUCUUGAUAUAAAACAAGUUAAAUUAAUUGAAAAUCAACCAAAAGAUUUAUAUUUUGGUCAAUGUACAUGGACAACAAAUCCUGAUGAAUGUAUUUUAGUUGCAUUUCGUUGUGAACCUUAUCGACUUGGUUUAAUUUAUUGUGAAAAUCGAUCAACAGCUUUAUUUAAAUGUAAUUGGCGUAAUAAUGAAUGGAUACAAUUAACAGAAUUUGAUCAAUUAUGUCGACUAUUUCCACGACAUUUACCAAAAAAAGAUAAUCAAUUUGUUUAUCUUCAAUCAGAUGUUUAUCGAGCACAUGCACAAUGUAAACGAUUAAUACUUUUUAAUACUGAAACAAAACAAGAAAAAAUUCUUAUCGAUCGAAUAGAUAAGUAUGUAAUGAAAUUUUAUAUAUACAAAAUAUAAAAUUCGAAUAGAUUUUAUUUUAAAAUUCUUUGAAAAUAAAUUUUUGUUCUAAUUCAUCAUCAAAAACUAAGAAGAAAAAUAUUAUUAUCUUAGAUUUAAAAUAAAUUAUCUAAGGAACUACUAUCAAUAUAUGAAUAGUUUCAAGCAAUGAAUAUCAUCUAUGAUAUAAUUUGCAAGAAGAUUGGACCUCUUUCUAGAGAUUCUGAAAACGAAUUUGAAAUUAGUUUUGAUCUUCUCAUUCGACUAUAAGAGCAUCUUUUCAUUUAUAUGUUGAUACUUCGUCAGGUCGCUAACGCAAGUUUUUUAAAAUUUUACUGAUAAUUCCUCUGAACAAAGAUCUCUAGCGCUGGUUUUUCCGAGUAUCUCAAAUAACUUAACAUACAGGUGUUUUAAUUUUGUGAAGUCUUGUGCUGAUAGACACGUUUGCAAACCUAUUUUGUUUUUAUGUGAUAGAAGAUAAAGCCAAAGGUCUUAUCUCAUUUUGAAUUAGUCGGUUUUGAGGUACUUAGCACAGUCAUGUUUUCUUGGAAAACGCAUUUGUACUCGUCCUCAGCAUUUUUCUUUUUUAAAUUUUGCUUGUGAUCGAUUUUCCAUUUGAUACACAAUUUAUUGAAAUGUAUGUGAACUAGAGUAAAUUUUUAUGUUGAUUUUGUUUUUCAGCCGAGUUUUAAUAACAGAAAUUGCAAUAAACAAGACCAUUUUUAUUCUUUCUAUUACUAAAACAAGGAAAUAUUCGAUUUUCUCAACAAUAUAGAUGCGUUUGUACUUUGAAACUGACUUAUUCAAAUGAAAUAAAACACUUGAUUUUAUCUUCUAUCAGAACAAGACUAAAUAGACUUAUAAAAGUAUCCAUAAACAUAUGUUAUA